GCGGAGGGGGAGACGGUCCCAAGAUGGCGGCGCUGCAGGCGGAGCGCGGGUACGGGCUGUCCUGCGGCCGCCUCGGCCGCGGCACCCGCGUCUCCGUCUUCCACGUCAAGCUCACGGAGAGCGCCCUGCGCGCCUUCGAGAGCUACCAGGCUUGUAAGGAUGCUGUGACAUCAAAACCAGUCAUCCAGUUCCAAGGAAGCCAAGGGCACAUCGCGAUUCCAAGGCCCGACCGACCGACGGAAGUGAGGACCUUCACGUUUUACCUUUCAAAUAUCGGCAAGGACAGCCCCCAGGGGAGCUUUGACUGCAUCCAGCAGUAUGUAUCCAGCAAUGGCAACAUCCACCUGGAUUGCCUUGGGAGCAUACAGGACAAAAUCACCGUGUGUGCUACUGAUGAUUCCUACCAGAAGGCGAGGCAGAGCAUGGCACAGGCCGAGGAGGAGACGCGCAGCCGGAGCGCCAUCGUCAUCAAACCUGGGGGGAGAUACGUAGGCAAAAAGGUUCAGGUGCGUAAACCUGCACCAGGAGCUUCCGAUGCUGUUCCCUCCAGGAAGCGCCCAACGCCAGUCAACCUUGCCAGUGCAAUAAAGAGAGGCAAUAGUGCCAUUUCUCAGAGACCCUUCAAAGAUAGGGUUGUGCACUUACUGGCACUAAAGCCUUAUAAGAAACCUGAACUUAUUCUCAGAUUGCAGAAGGAUGGACUUUCUCAGCAGGACAAGGAUUUGCUGGAUAACCUUCUGCAACAGGUGGCAAAUUUGAGUGCCAAGGACAGCACUUUCACACUGAAGGAUUGUGUAUACAAAGAAGUGCAGAAGGACUGGCCUGGCUACUCAGAAGGAGAUCAGCAGUUGCUGAAGAGGAUCCUGGUUAGGAAGCUCUGCCAGCCCCAGAACAGCAGCGGUUUUCAAGGAGAAGCACCUUCCCUGAGCCCUCCCAAGGACACGGUGAACUCCAGCUCUCCCCCUCAGAAACGAUCCCAGCCUCUGGAGUUCAUCGACCCCCUGGCCAACAAAAAGCCCAGGAUCUCGCACCUGGCUCACAGGACCCAGCCCACCUUCAACGGGAAGCUGAGCAGCUCCUCAUCCAACGGGAAGGACGCCCCCGCACCCCCCGCCCCGCCACCACCGGCGCUCCCGGAGUCGGGAAGCUCCAGCUCCAACCUCCCGGCCCUGGAGCUGCCCAGGCCUCACGACCCCCUCUCGGACGUGAGCAACGACCCCGCUCACAACGGCAGAGACUGUGAGAGCAGUGAGGCCACGGACAGGCUGAGCCACCCCCCGCCCACAGACUGUCCCCAGACCAGCAAACACAACUGCGGCUCCUACGUCAAAUCCAAGAAAAAAUCCAAAAAGCACAAAGACAAGGAGAAGGAGAGGAAGGAGAAGAAGGGCGAGGAGAAGUGCAAAGAGGAGAAGCAGAACUGUGAAGUAAUAAAAAACGCUGACUUAGGUAGUGUUCCCCAGGAGCAGGUCACAGGUUUAAAUGGAACAUGCAAUAAUUCUAGUGUACCAACAUCAACUUCAGAAAUGCCAGAUUAUUUAUUAAAAUACGCAGCCAUUUCCUCCUCGGAGCAGCGUCAGAGCUACAAGAACGACUUCAACGCGGAGUACAACGAGUACAGGGACUUGCACGCCCGGAUAGAGCGGAUAACCCGGCGCUUCACGCAGCUGGACGCCAAGCUCAAGCAGCUUUUGCAGGGCUCUGAAGAGUACAAGACCAUCCAUGAUCAAAUUUUACAGGAAUAUCGGAAAAUUAAAAAGACUAACCCCAACUACAGCCAAGAGAAGAACCGCUGUGAAUACCUCCACAACAAACUGGCUCACAUCAAAAAACUCAUAGCAGAGUAUGACCAGCAGCAGUUUUAGCUGCCACUCCCCCCCAAAAUCUUCCCCCCGGACUGGGUAGGGCAAAACAAAGCAAAACAAAACAAAACAAAAAAAAAUCCAGUCACCUGGACGUUCCUUUUCCUUUUAUACACCCAAAUCCCUUUCAGAGGCGAGCAUUAAUUCCUCGUGGUUGAAGAACUUGGGGAUGACUUAUGAUGCCGAAUCAUCUUGUCGUGUCCACGUCCAGCACGCUCCUCCCGAGGUUUUGGUUUUUUUUCGUUUUGGUUCUUGUUCUUUUUUUUUUUUUUUUUUUAAAAAAAAAAAAAAGCCUCUCUGAAUGUUGGAAUGUAACGAAUGGAUAAAACAAAAUUAAUCUGCUUAUUCGAAGCCAGCGUUUGACACUUAAGGGAAAAACAAAAAAAAAAGAAAAAUACAAAAAAAAACCACCAACAAAAAAAAACACCCUCAAACUUGACCGAAGCUCCCGAAGGUUAAACAACCUGUAGUUUUGGUUUUUUUUUUUUUUCAUGGAUUCAAAGUUUGGCAUGAAGUGUAACUCCCCCUUGGCCCGGCUCCACUGGGUGUACAAAUUGCCCUGCAGAUGGUGAGGAACUGGAAUGCUGCUCGUUGGAACGAGAGCUGCGUCUGCUCCCGGCACCGCGUAAAUACACCAAGUACCCAGA